UGUUGAAGAUAACGAAAGGUUUAGUAGUUUACACAACAUGAGAGUUAUUUUGUGCAUUUUUUUGUGUGCCUUUUUGGGAGUCAGCACUGGUUCCGUUAUACGGAACGGGAUUCCUCUUGACGCAGAUUUCCUUAGUGACAUUUUCAACCUGACAGUGAGUUUGAAGGAUUCUACAAUAUACCAAGCUACAGUUAACGAUUAUGGACAGAAAAUUCUUGAAAAUCUGGACAAAAUGCUAGUCAAAGAAGGACUAGAUCCGAUUCCAUUAGAUGACAUAUAUGAGGGUUAUUGGUGGGGUAAUAUCAAAAUCAACAAAAUGCAAAUUUCUGGUUUGGCCACUCUUUACCGACCUGAAGAGGAUGUUAUUAUGACUUACACACAGGACAACAAGCAACUCCAAUUGGAUUUGCCAAUAAGCUGCAGAGACCUCAAGUUUUCAGGUCACUUCAAAGCAUCCCUGUUGUUUGUUGGUCCUGGAGGAAAGAUAGAAGGAGAAGUAACGGAUUUGCUGAUGAGAACAAGUCUCGUGAUCGAUUACAAUUUCAACCAAGCUUUUAUAAGAUUGUUCGAAAUUCCACAUUCAGGACACAUCAGCAUACAUAUCCACUCAUUCAUCCUUACCGAUUGGAUGUAUAAUCUCUUGAGUGAUGCAAUAACGUCGUUAUUUCACGGCGCCAUACUGAAUUCAGUGAGUGGGGAAGUACAAGAAUUACUGCAAAAUGUAAUGGACACGAUUGACGAUUUAUUGCAGGCACUUCUAAAUUGAGAUGUGAUCUACAAUUGUGAUGGAGAUUUUUUUGUGAUUAUAUCAUACAUUAUUAUUAUUAUUAUUUAUUAAAUAAAUAUUGACUCGAAACUGAA